AUGGAGGAAGAUAUGCAUGAACUCCUGCAUCGUAUUUCUAACCUACUAAGUUCUGAAGAGUUGGCUCACAUGAUUUUUCUUUGUGGACCCGAUAUAACAUUCAGUGAUAAAGAAACAAUUAAGAAUACGCUACAACUCUUCAAAUUUUUGGAACAUAAAGGACUAAUAAGUGAGUCAGACUUGUCCUAUUUAAAAGAGCUUUUUAACCUUAUUUUAAGAAGGGACAUUCUCAAAGUACUAAAAACUACAAAAUACGAUAUGGACACAUAUUUACGCAACAAUUCUCCUCAAAUAUCUCCAUACAGGUGAGUCAGUCGUAUAAUUUUAAUUUAAAGAAACACUCCAAACACAAUAACCACGACAGCCCAUUGUAAUCUGUUUUUAGCCAGAAGUGCCCUGGCACCUUCCCAUGGUAAGAAGUCAAGGAAUUUUUCUAACAGUUUGAAACCUUAACUUAUCCUGUCAGUCAGCCACAGCUGUGCCCCUGCUUUGUAUCAGCUUGUUUACCAUGGAAAAGAACCAGUAAACGCCUGGUAUUAUAACCCCUACUGCAGGCUGUGGUUAUAGUGCUCGAAAUCUUCCUUUAAGGAUGAAGUUACGUGUGCAUAGUACAAACAGCUCUGAAACUUGAAGGUCAUAAUAAAAUCACUGCCACUGAUAAGAAGUCACGUUCUGUUUGCUAAAAAAAAUAAUAAUAACCAUAGAUGCUUAAAGGACCACUAUAGUCACCCAGACCACUUCAGCUCAAUGAAGUGGUCUGGGUGCCAGGUCCCCCAGGUUUUAACCCUUCAGAUGCAAUGUAUGUUUACAUUGCAGGGUUAAUCCAGCCUCUAGUGGCUGUCUUCCUGACAGACGCUAGAGGCACUUCUGCGACGCUGAAUGCGAAAAUCGCAUUCAGCAUGCAGAACGUCCAUAAGAAAGCAUUAUUAAAGGCGUUAUUAAAGCGCGCGCGGCUCUGGCUGCUCAUGCGCAUUCCGCUCCACUCGGGAGCUGGUGUCGGAGUGGGAGGAGAGUUUACCAGCGCUGAGGGAGCUAGGCGCUGGAUUAAUGUAACUGAAGGGAUUUUAACCCCUUCAGCGGCAAGGGAGGGGGGCCCUGAGGGUGGGGGGACCUAAGGUUUAUACAGUUGCAAGAAAAAGUAUGUGAACCCUUUGGAAUGAUAUGGAUUUCUGCACAAAUUGGUCAUAAAAUGUGAUCUGAUCAUCAUCAUCUAAGUCAUAACAAUAGACAAUCACAGUCUGCUUAAACUAAUAACACACAAAGAAUGAAAUGUUGCCAUGUUUUUAUUGAACACACCAUGUAAACAUUCACAGUGCAGGUGGAAAAAGUUUGUGAACCCCUAGACUAAUGACAUCUCCAAGAGCUAAUUGGAGUGAGAUGUCAGCCAACUGGAGUCCAAUCAAUGAGAUGAGAUUGGAGGUGUUGGUUACAGCUGCCCUGCCCUAUAAAAAACACACACCAGUUCUGGGUUUGCUUUUCACAAGAAGCAUUGCCUGAUGUGAAUGAUGCCUCACACAAAAGAGCUCUCAGAAGACCUACGAUUAAGAAUUGUUGACUUGCAUAAAGCUGGAAAGGGUUAUAAAAGUAUCUCCAAAAGCCUUGCUGUUCAUCAGUCCACGGUAAGACAAAUUGUCUAUAGAUGGAGAAAGUUCAGCACUGCUGCUACUCUCCCUAGGACUGGCCGUUUUGUAAAGAUGACUGCAAGAGCACAGCGCAGACUGCUCAAUGAAGUGAAGAAGAAUCCUAGAGUGUCAGCUAAAGACUUACAAAAGUCACCGGCAAAUGCUAACAUCCCUGUUUGCUAAUCUACAAUACGUAAAACACUAAACAAGAAUAGAUUUCAUGGGAGGAUACCACAGAGGAAGCCACUGCUGUCCAAACAAAACAUUGCUGCACGUUUACAGUUUGCACAAGAGCACCUGGAUGUUCCAGAGCAGUACUGGCAAAAUAUUCUGUGGAUAGAUGAAACUAAAGUUGAGUUGUUUGGAAGAAACACACAACACUAUGUGUGGCGAAAAAAAGGCACAGCACACCAACCACAAAACCUCAUCCCAACUGUGAAGUAUGGUGGGGGCAUCAUGGUUUGGGGCUGCUUUGCUGCGUCAGGGCCUGGAUGGAUUGCUAUCAUCGAAGGAAAAAUGAAUUCCCAAGUUUAUCAAGACAUUUUGCAGGAGAACUUAAGGCCAUCUGUCUACCAGCUGAAGCUCAACAGAAGAUGGGUGUUGCAACAGGACAAUGACCCAAAGCAUAGAAGUAAAUCAACAACAGAAUGGCUUAAACAGAAGAAAAUACGCCUUCUGAAGUGGCCCAGUCAGAGUCCUGACCUCAACCCGAUUGAGAUGCUGUGGCAUGACCUCAAGAAAGCGAUUCACACCAGACAUCCCAAGAAUAUUGCUGAACUGUAACAGUUCUGUAAAGAGGAAUGGUCAAGAAUUACUCCUGACCGUUGUGCACGUCUGAUCUGCAACUACAGGAAAUAUUUGGUUGAAGUUACUGCUGCCAAAGGAGGUUCAACCAGUUAUUAAAUCCAAGGGUUCACAUACUUUUUCCACCUGCACUGUGAAUGUUUACAUGGUGUGUUCAAUAAAAACAUGGCAACAUUUCAUUCUUUGUGUGUUAUUAGUUUAAGCAGACUGUGAUUGUCUAUUGUUGUGAUUUAGAUGAUGAUCAGAUCACAUUUUAUGACCAGUUUGUGCAGAAAUCCAUAUCAUUCCAAAGGGUUCACAUACUUUUUCUUGCAACUCUAUAGUGUCAGGAAAACAAGUUUGUUUUCCUGACACUAUAGUUGUCCUUUAAGAAAUAGUUUUUAAUUAUCUUCUCCUUAACAUUUGUCAUGUGAUUGUCACUUUGAAUUCUUAAAGUACAAUGAAACAAAUGUGUUUAAAAAUAAUUUAAUAAUAGCAAUAAUCUAAUGUAAUACCAAAUGUCUGGUUUGGGUUCAUCAUUCAUUUAGAGAAUGUGAUUUUAAAUCCGUCAAUUAAUAUACUUGCCAAUUGUCAGAACUAUGUCAAGCAUUUAAAAAAUGUAAUGGAAAUGUUUUGUAAAAGGCAACUGUCAAUUUCUUUUUUUUUUUUUACUAUAAAAAUAGAAUCUUGGGGCUUGUUUCCAAUAUUGUCACUACUUUUUAGCAACCAGCUACUACUUAUUAAAGUCUUUGUCACUACUGUUAGUUACUCAGUAGCAGCUGCUUACCGACUACAAAAUUUAAACUAUGGCAGAGAGUUACUGGCUGCCGCUAUUAAAUUUUCUUUAGAGCUGCUAAUUGCAACUUACCAAACUGGUUUCCAAUUCCGCCAAUACCCCCCAAAACGUAACGCCAGUCUCUUUCUUGGUGCAAAGCAAUAACAGUCACACAUUUGAAUCGUACCAACAUUUUCAGCAGCGCUGUGCAACUGGAAACAAGACAAACAUUUAAUUCUUACAAAACUUGUAUGACAUAUGGGAACAGUAGUUGAAGAGCUCCUGUCCAAACGAGCUCAUAAUCUAAAGUAACAAUGGCUAUCUUCCUAUACAUUCUAUAGGAAAAAUACAUGUUAGAAGUAAGGAAUUAAAUUGAAACCCCAAAUCACAUAUGAAAACAUAUUAAACCAUGUUAAAAAGCAAUGAAAAUAAAGAAAAUGCCAGGGACAAUUUAUAAAAUAUUAAAUUAUUCUUUAUGCAAAUAAAGUGCAUGUAUAUUUCAAAUGAACAAUUCUCAUUCUCACGAGAAAAUGCAUUGGUAGGGCUAUACUACAUUCAUGACAAGUGUAUGAUGUUUUGAGGGUAGGGCAUAGUAAGUGUGACACUAAAAACCUGGGUUGUCCAGUCCAUCUGGUCGAGUGCAGACCACCUUCCAUUGCUCCUUCCAAUUCCCAAUUAUUAAGCGAAUCAGAGCAUUGUCAGCUGUACUACUUGUUUAUUGUUAUAAUUAUUGUUUAAUUAUUCAUUAUUAAUAUUUGAUUUAUCAAGGUUUAGUAGAGCAUUAUCUGUGACAAUAUGCUUCUCUUAUUGCUAUCACUAAUGAAAUGUUAUGUUAUCCAUUGGUGAAGAAUGUAUACAUAUGUGUGUGCAUGUGUGUGUGUGUAUCUGUGUGUGUGUAUGUGUGUGUAUGUAUGUAUAUCUGUGUAAGUAUGUAUGCAUGUGGUAGUGUAUAUAUAUAUAUGUACAUACAUUACAGAAUGUAAAUAACAACACUGCAUGAAAGUACACCCUUGCAAUCAAACAUAAACAUUACAAACAAGCAUACCCUGUAAUAAAAUGUCAAAAUUAUAUACAAACACCCCUUCAUUCAAACACCAAUACUACACACAAAAAUACACGAUUUUUUAAAGAGUAACACUACAUACAAAUCGACCACUGCAUUUAAACACAAACAUUACAUGGAAGUACCUGACUACAUUUUUAGUGGCAACAAAACAUUCAAAUAUACUCCUACAUGCACACACAUACUCCACACAAAAACAUGAUUAACCCCUUAACGCCGAUGGACGGACGAGGUCCGUCACAGAGGGGAGACCCUUAAUGACGAGUGACGAACCUUGUCCGUCACGCAGUAAAAUUAAACCCGGAUCGCCGCUAUCGCGGGGAUCGCGGGGUUAAUGGUGCUCCGGUAUGCCUCUGCAUUAGAGGCAUACCGGGAGCACCCGGUCAGGCUGCCCAGCACAUGUGCUCGCUCUGACCGCAAGUCAGAGCGAGCACAUGUGCUCUGUAUACUUACCUUCUGGUUCUGUGUAAAGUGCAGGGAGCCGGAACAGUGCUGAUCCUGCCCCCUGCUGGAAAAAAAAAAAGUUACUUUAAAGUCCCACCCCCUUUACCUAUUUUAAUAAAAAAUUAACCCCUUCCCUGCCAAUUGAUCACUGACUACAGUGAUCAAUUGGCAGGGAUUACAUUUUACUAUGAUCUGAUUUUUUUUUUUAAAUAUUAAAAUAUUAAAUAUUAAUUAAUUAAAUAAAUUUAACCCCUAAAGGUUAAAAAAAAAAGAAUUAACCCUCAGGGGUUAAAUUUAUUUAAUUAAUUAAUUAAAAUAUUUUAAAAUUAUAUAUUUAGCUAGCUGGGGUGGGUGGAAGUUAGUGGGGAAUUGGGGGAUUUGGUGUUAGGCUAACUAGGGGUUAACGUUAAAAAAAGUUUUAAAAUAAACUUUAAAAAGUUAAAAAUUAAACUUAAAAAAUGUUUUAAUAAUGUUUAAGUAAAAAAUACAAAAAACACCCCCCUUUACCUAGUCCAAAUAAAAAUUAACCUCUUCCCUGCCAGUUGAUCACUGCCUACAGUGAUCAAAUACAGAUCACAGUAUUAUACUGUGAUCUAAUUUUUUUUAACCCCUGAGGAUUAACUUUUAUUUAUUUUUUAACCCUCAGGGUUUCAAUUUAUUUAAUUAAUUAAUUAAUUAAAAUAUUUUAUAACUAUAUAUUUUGCUACCUGGGGUGGGUGGGAGUUAUGGGAAAAUGGGGAAUUUACUGUUAGUGCUGCUUACUGCUAGUUAGGGGUUAACGGUAAAAAGAAAAGCUUAGAAAAAUGUUAAAUCUGUAAAAAAGUUUUAAGAAAGUUUAGGAAAGUUUAAAAAAAAAUUAAUAAGCAAAACAAAAGUUUAAAAACUAGUUUUUAAAAGUAAAAAUGUUAAAAAAGUUAAAAAAUACAUUUUAAAAACGCUCAUUACCACUACACCUGGAACAAACUAGAGAAAAAAUUAUCCCACGCCAAGGUUCAAAAUAUGCUUUUCGAAUUACCCCAGAGUGUAUUCUUUCAUAAAUAGUAUGUGUUUGUGGGGAAGUUUCAAUAACCAACCGUCUAAACUACUCCAAAUUGGAACAGGGACACAGCGUAAAACUUCAAAGUUAGAAAAAAACUGAAUGGCUGCGUCUGAAAUGCGCCCCUUCAACAUCCACAUAUACCUCGCAAAGGUACAUACGGUGGUAUUGCUGUACUCAUCCGACAUAGCUGAGCAACAUAUGAAGUAUUAUACAGUCAUAGCACACAUAAGGUUUGCAAAAUAUGCUGUGCAAACUCACUUUGUAUGUCAAAAAGGCAGAAAAAAUGCUUAUUACCACUACACUUGGUACAAGCUAGUGGAAAAAUGAUCCCACGCUAAGGUUCAAAAUAUGCCUUUUGAAAUACCCUGGGAUGUCUUCUUUAAGAAAUGGUAUGGCUUUAUGGGGUAUUUGGAUUAUAUAGCCUGGUAAAAUACUCUAAAAUGGGACAUAGACACAGCAUAAAAAUUCAAAGUUUGAAAAAAACUGGAAUGGCUGUGUCCCAAAUGUGCCCCUCCAAUGUCCACACAUACCUGGCACAGGUACAUACGGGGGUAUUGCUGUACUCAGCCGACAUAGCUGAGCAACAUAUGAAGUAUUAUACAGUCGUAGCACACAUAAGGUUUGCAAAAUAUACUGUGCAAACUCACUUUGUAUGUCAAAAAGGCAGAAAAAACACUUAUUACCACUACAUCUGGUACAAGCUAGCGGAAAAAUGAUCCCAUGCUCAGGUUCAAAAUAUACCUUUUGAAACACCCUGGGGUGUCUACUUUAAGAAAUGGUAGGCCUUUGUGGGGUAGUUUGAAUUUAAAACCUGCGAAGAUGCUUGGAAAUUGCACAUAGGCCCAGCCUCAAAAUUCAAAGUCUGGUAAAAACGGAUAUGGCUUGGUCUCCUAUAUGGCACUGUAGCUUCACGGAAUAGUGCCAAAGACAUUCAUUGGGGGUGUCUUUUUACUCAGAAGACUUAGCUGAGCAUAAUCUGGGAGGUUUGAACUUAGUGGCACAUAUGAAAUAUACAAAACGCCCAGCAAAAAUGCAAUCCGUAUGUAAAAAAUGCACAAAAUUAUUUUUUACCACAUACUUUGGCAUAUAUUGGUGAAAAAAUGGGGUAUGUUAAGGCACAAUAUGCACCUUAUGAGAUACCCUGGGUGUCUACUUUUACAAAUGGUAGGCCUUUGUGGGGGUUUUUUGAACAGUCAAACUGUUAUAAUACCCCAAAUGGAAGCUAAGGCUCAUUAAAUCCAUCUCUCAAAAAUCUACUGUGAAUACUGUAAAGGACAGGUCUCCUAUAUGGCACUGUAGCUUCACGAAAUAGUGCCAAAGACAUUCAUAUGGGGUGUCAUUUUACUCAGCCCCCACCAUCACCCCAACCUCCCUCCCUCACCAUCAGCCCCCACCAUCACCCCAACCUCCCUCCCUCACCAUCAGCCCCCACCAUCACCCCAACCUCCUCCCUCACCAUCAGCCCCCACCAUCACCCCAACCCCCUCACCAUGUCAGUCUCCCCACCAUCACCACAACCUCCCUCCCCUCAUCAGCCCCUUUCACUUUUCAUCACCCUGCUAACCCACCAUCAUCAGCCCCCAUCAUCACCAUCAGCCCCCACCAUCACCCCAACCUCCCUCCCUCCCUCAGCAUCACCUCCUUCCUCACCAUCAGCCCCCACCAUCACCCCAACAUCCCUCCCUCCUUCAGCAUCACCCCCUCCCUCACCAUCAGCCCCCACCAUCACACUCUCAGGCACAUGGGGCCUCAUGUUUCAGUUUCGCCUAAAGUCUAGAGCCGCCUCUGCUUGCCACGCAUGCGCUUUCGGAUCUGUCAUCGGCAGGGGGUGGAGAGUUCACCAGCACAGAGGGAGCCCGCGCUGGAAAAAGGUAAGUGACUGAAGGGGUUUUAACACAUUCAGCCCAGCGGGACAGUUGUGUGAGCAAAGACCUGACGUAGGUCAUGAAUGUUGUAGUGGUGAGUACUGCACCUUGUAGCUGUAGUAAUGGUUGUGAGGGCAGUAAGUUAUGAUGCUCUAUGUAGGCAUCAAGAACACUGACGGGACACCAUCUGUUGUGCGUGGGAUAGUAUGGAAAGUUUACGGGUAUGUGCUGACUGGUUUUGGAGUGAGGUAAAGUCAGGAUGUAAUGAUCCAUAUGUUUUGUCAAGUGGGAAUAGAGGAGGAAAGGAGUAGUUUGGGUCGUGGAGGUUGUAGUGAAUUCUCUAGGUCUUAGAAAUCCAUAGAAAGCUAUGUAUAUUGCUGUUUUGAUGAUAGAAUUUGUAUUGGUGUCAAACGGUUUUAAGUCAAGCAGGUUAGACAAUGCUUUAAAGAUAUGGUUAUCUAUGGGUAGCCUCUGGGCUGUAUGUGUGGGUUCUGAUUUCUGAAUACCUCUGAGUAUGGUCUUAAUUUGGUGAGAGGCCAUGAAACUGUUGUUAUUUGGGUGUAAGAUUAGCAUGUGGUGUUGAAUGCCAGUGAGAUAGAGUUUGAUGGUGUUAUAUGACAUUUUAAGUUUAAGGUGGCAAAAGGAAGCAAACCCCCAAAAAGAUGUCAUAACAAAUGGUUGCAUGAUGUUAUGUUCCAAAAGGAAUCUUUUGAAUAGUGUGAAAGCCCUGUUGUAUGUUUUGUGUGUAUUGUUUGACAGUGCCAAUUGGGACAAUGUCCUGCUAUGCUGCAUGAUGGUUUCUAGUCCAGUAUGAGUUGUUGAAAUGUUGGAGUGAUGGUGGCUGUGGGCGCAGCUGACGGGAGUGCUUGAUGAAACGCCUGAAAUUUAAAGCGAGACAAAUUGUCAGCAGCUGUGUUACAUACACCUGGAACAUGGAAACAACAUAGGAAAAAAUUAUGACAAGCUGCCAACCAAGUGAGUUUCCUCAGAAAUCUCAUGAUCGUAAGGGAUUUGGAACGACCUUUGUUGAUGAUGUGACAGGUUGCCUGGCUGUCUGAGUAACAACGCACUGGCAUAUUAGCCCAUAAAUGACCCAUGCUACGGCAGCCGCCACGAUGGGAUAGAUCUCAAAAAGAGCUGAGGUAGUGGAAAAACCUUCCAAAUCCUGAACUGCUGAAGGCCAGCUGCCCCAAAGCCAUUCGUUCCCAAAAAUUGCUGCAAAACCAGUGGUAGAUGCCGCAUCUGACCAAAUGGUAGGAGAUGAGUCAGUCAAUUGAGGGAGGAACAUACUUUUACCAUUCCAAGUGGUUAAAAAUCUCUUCCACAUGUUUAGAUCUGCCGUAGCUUGGGUAUCUAAGGACAACCUGUGCGUGUCAUGUAGGAAAAGUGGGAAAAGAUGCAAUAGUCGUGAUAUAAAGGAGCGGCCUUGAGGUAUGAUGCGCAUAGCAAAAUUUAGUGACCCCAGCAGGAACUGUAGCUCUUUGCAGUUGCAAGUACCGAGCUGAAGGUAGCUGUUUAUGUAAGUGAGAAUAUUCUCUAUCUUAUCGUGUGGUAGGCUUGCUUGCAUUGUGGCGAUGUCUAAUUGGAUACCCAGAAAAGUGAUAACCGUGUCUGGCCCCUCUGUUUUCUUUGGGGAGAUAGGUACACCUAGUUGCUCAAAUAGCUUAGUGGUAGCUUUGAGACUAGUAGGAGGCGAAGUAUUCUCCUCGACCAGUAGGAAAUCGUCCAGGUAAUGUAAUACCGUAGGGCAUCUGGCUAUGUUCAAUAGUAACCAGCAUAAUGCUUCGGCAAAUGUGUUGAAAAUAGCUGGGCUACUUUUGGACCCAAAAGUUAACCGGGAGAAAAAAUAGUAGUUCCCGGACCACUUGAUGCCAUGCAGGUGCCACAGUGUGGGGUGGAUUGGUAGUAAUUAAAAGGCGUUAGUAAUGUCAGUCUUGCUGAGCCAGGCUCCAACCCCUGCUUGUAUGAUAGCGGUAAUGGCAUGAUCUAUGGUGGUGUAUUGCAGAGAGAAUUCCUCAGAGGGUAUGAGGGAAUUAAGACUAGGAUUGGCCGAAGAGUGGGGUGCCGUUAAGUCAAUGACGAGUCUCUGUUUUUGGGAAGAUUUCCCUGUGACAAUACCAAUGGGGUUAGUGCGCCAUUCUAUGAAUGGAGGAGUUUUGAAAGGCCCCAAUACGAAGCCCUCAACCACUUCUUGGGCUAUGAGGGUGUCAACCGCUGUGGGGUUGUGUUGGGCGGAUUGUAGAUUAGGGCAUUCCAGAGUUCCGGCUGGUAUGUGUAGGAUACCUGUAUGGAAGCCUUCUGUUAAACCAGAGAUGAGAAAGUCUACUAGGUGUCUAGAUGGGUGCUGAGACAUAAAUGCCGUGAAUACUGGCAUAUUAAUGGACGUUAGGUAAGGCUUGGAAUACAUUUUAUUUGGACACAUGGUCUUUGCAUGUGCCCUAAAACAUUUUGAACAGACAUGCAAUAGUCUACAUCCACUGUAAUUACAAGACCCAACAUUGAAAUUAUUACAUAUCUGGGACUUGCCCAGAAACUUGAUUGGGCGUCCCAGUUUGUCUCUUGACAACUUCCCUGGAACCCCAGAGGAACUAGCUCCUUGCGUGGAGGCAUGUUCGUCCGCUGUGUUGGGACAAAAAUUUGUAGUAUGGGCUGUGGAGGAGCAGUAUGCACAAGCCGGUGUUCUUAGACCUGCAAAGUGUAUGCAAAAAAUGACGGUAUCAGUCUUUCCCCAGUUGGAUCGUGUUCCGUACUGGGAGAAGGCUCCAGACACUUUUGCAGAAAAAGACCUAUGGUAGUCAUAGAAGGCUGAACCACCAUAUUUGUUGCCCAGGUCUACCAGCUUGUGCAUAUAGAGAUCAAACUCCUCUCUUCUGUUGGGAUAGACCGCACAGAUAACAUCCCUGUAAAUACCAAAAGCUAGUACAAAUUCAGGGAUAGUCAGUUUCCUGUUCAGGCGGGCAUCCCAAGAUCUGACAACAACAGAUAUAUCAUCAUAAGCAUACAUCUUAUUCUCAACAAUAUCCUGGGAGGCAAUCAACAGGGAAGCCAGGUUGACGUCUUUACCUUCCAGGAUAUCCCUUUUUAUGUGCUCAGGUAUCAUAUGAGCCGGGCUAACUUCCUGGUCAUCCAGGGUGAUGGCUGGAGCAGCUAAUGGCAAGUCGGCUGGUGCUUGUGAAGCAGCAGCUGGUGGCCCUGCUAGAGUAAGGGCCGUGGUGACCGACUCAAGUUUCUCCAGCCUGGAGUUGACCUUGCUCAUGAGUGAGGAUAACAUGGCAUGUAUGUCUCCUGGGUUGGACUAGCUAGGUCCUUCCCCAGCAUCCAUGUUAUUUGUAGGUGUGCAUAGCAGUUUGAAAAGUUCUGCUUUCCUUGAUGUAGCGGGGUAGGGGAUUGGUCGUCUCCUCAAUUCCGUGGUUAUACGCGGGAUCGUCCAGGAUCUGAUCGAUGCUGGACUAGCUAGCUCUCCUCCUUGUGUGGGAGUGACAGCUCUAGCCGGGGUGCUAGGCAAGGAGAAAUCCUCUACCCCCUCCUGAGACAUACUAUAAAUAAAACAAUUAAUUAGUAUAUGAAACCACCAAAUUGUACUGGCAGGCUAGCUAGGCCAGAUGGCGAAACAUUAUACUUGUUUGGUGACAGAUGAGGCCCUGCUAAUUGCCAAGCGGCUUGAGAGGCUCUAUCUAUGCGUUGGCGCGAGGGGUUAUUGAGGCCACUCCUCGUAGUGGCAGGAGUUUUAGGCCUCUCGGUGACUGUAAGACAGAAAACAGUGGAAGGGAGUGACAGGUGAGGCCCUCUCUAUGCAACAUGCGGGGCGGCUAGCUAACGUGUGGCCCGAUGGGUGUUUGCCUCUGAAAUGUUUGAGGCGGGGUGUUGGCCUCGCGGGACCACUAACUGAUGGCGACUGCCAAGACGGGGUAAAUACCUAUUGGGAAGCCUGUGACCCUAUUGCCAGUACUCUAACCUAGGGGGACGAAAUUAAAUGUAUGGUAGAAUACCAUAUGAGCAGGUGUACGUACCUGGUAGUAUGACAAAUUCACAGGAAAAACCGUGUGGAGCAAAUGUAUAUAAGCUUGACAGCCUGAAAUGGGUAAAAGAGAGUAGUAUGAUGAGUCUGGAUUGUUGGAAAGAAAACAGACUUAUAGCCUGUAGCAGCAAUGUUUUUAUGGUUUGCUGGCGUAUGAUUGAAAAUAAAAUAUUGAUACCAUGGGAAUUGAUAUGAGUUACUCAGAAAUGUUGUCAUGCUUAAAUAAGACAUCUGAGGAAGGUCGUGGCCUAUGUACAAACAACAUAUGUGUUAUAUAAUAAUGGUGUGUAAGGGAAACAUAAAAUGUAGGUUAUAUAUAUAUGUAUAUUACUGUGCAGGAAACGUAUGAUUGGUUGGAUCAGUACGUGUGAUUCAACCCGAGUAUGCAUGAAAAGGAAUUAUAGCAUUUUGUGUCAUGGUCAUAACAAAGAAAUGAGGCCUGUAACGUAGGCUGAGUUAAUUGAAAUGAAAUGGAUAAUUUAUGAAAACUCCUGUAAGCGUGGGAGUCCAAUGAUCCAUACAGAAAUGUUAGCUGGUUUAAUAGAAAAGAACAUGGAUGAGGGAGGCCAUGGCCUAUAUUACAUAGCGUUAAGUAUGAUAUGUAAUAGAAUAACAAAAAGGGCAGCGAUACACAAAAUGCUUAAAGUGAUGCAAAGUGAUGUAUAUAUAUGAUAUAUCUGUAUUGAAAAAGACGUAUGAUUGGUUGGAUCAGUACGUGAAUCAACCCGAGAAUUUAUUGCUUGUAAAAGGAAACUGUAUCCUUUUGUAUGUGUCGUAGUUAUGACACAGAAAUGAGGCCUGUAAUGUAGGCUGAGUCCAUCUGGAUGACUGGAUAAGUAUGGCAGACCCCUGAAAGCAUGGGAGUCAAAAUGAUCUAUACAGAUAAGUGAGCUUGGUUUUGUAUGGACAUAAUACAAUACUGAUACCUUUAAACAGUAAUAGAAAUAAUCUGUCUAUUUAAACAAGCAAUUCGUUAACCGAAUGUUAUAUACAUGAAAUGGUGAAUAUAAUCCACGAAAGGAUUAUGCGUAAUACAUAGAAAUAAAACCGAAACCCAAUGUGAGGGAAAACAGAAGUUGGAACGAAUAGUUUAAACGUAUGAAUUUUAUGCGAACCGCAAGCGUGUUUCAAGCGUAGCAUGAAAAAAUGCCGAACGGCAAAACAACCGAAAUGAUAAUCCGUUUCAAUGUAACAUGGAAUAGUUAUAUGCGAAAUGACUAUUUAUACGAAUAUACUGUUUAGCCAAAUGACCGUACGAAUGAAAACCGCGAACGGCUUGUACAAUUUGUGACAUAACAGGGGAAAAAACGUAAAGCGAGGACCCGUGCUGUACCGUACGCCGUGGGAACCGAUCCUGACGUGACAGGUAGGUCUAACUUAUGGUUUAGGAGUCCCUGGGACACGAUCUACGACGAUGACCGGGGUCAGAAGCUGGACGGACGGAAAAGGCUUAAACAGGAUUCCUGGACACAGCUUGCCGCGGAAAAACCUUGUGGAUACUGAAAAAACCAAGAUGGCAUCUGAGAGAACCCGGAAGUGGAUCCUCAUUCAACGCUGACCUCGAACGGUAAGGAGCAAGGUAAGGGAAGUGCCUUAAGUAGGCUAGGGGUAGCAAACCAGCACCUCCCACAAAUGCAGGCAAAAUUGCCUUAAUACAUAUAUAUAUUUACAGUCAUAUAACCAACUAUUCUCUUACAAAUGUGUAAAUUUGCGCUUCUGAUUAUAAAGUUAUAUUAUUUUUCGUAAUUUGUGUUUGAGAAUUAUCCAUUAAUAAAUCAGCAAUAUAUUUAGACAUAUGAACAAUAAUUUGUAACAAAUCCACAACCACUAUAGCUCAUUGAAAUGGUUAUGGUGGCAACCCCAUGUCCCUGAAACCUUAUGUUUGACAACGUUGCCUAAUUGACAAAAUAGAGCUUUAAAUCAGUGCUUGGUGCUCAGUCUUAAAACACUGUCCAUCAAAGAGCCAGAAGUUACAUCUCCUGCAUAGAGUCCUGACAGAUUGUGAAUCACACACUUUGUAACUUGGGAUCAGGGGGCUUGUAAGUCUAAAUACUGUCCCUGUCUAUGUCAUUAGUGUUAUGGCCUCUGGUAGAAUGUGGCAUGUGACAAACAGUGGAAGUCUUUAGACUUUAAAGUGCCCACUCCUGGGUAGCAGCAUCUGCAAGUACCUCCAUGGCUGACAUUGCAAUUCAUUCAAGAGAGGUUAUUCAUUACUCUGUGAUUUACAGGGCUUCUAGAAGGAACUAUGACAUUGGUUUCAAGUCCCAUUUUGUUAAUUUGACAAAUUUGUCAAAUGUAAAGCUGCAGGGUAAAGGUCCUGCACCUUAAUCAAUUCAAUAAACAAAAGUGAUCAUGGUGUCUAGAAUAACCCAAUAAUAUGGUCUUAAAGUUACCCUGAUUUGACUUGCUUUUCCCCAGAUUUUCUUAUACAGGAUUUUAGUAGAGGAAUUACCAUCUUAAACUGUAGUUAUGAUUUACUAAAGCAGAGCUAAGAACAACUUUAUUUUUUUUUAUUUUUUAUCUGUAGGUCUCUACUGUACCACAUUUCACAACAAACAACCCAGGAAAAUGUUGAGUCAGCAAAGUUCUUGCUAGAAAAGAGAAAUCCUAGAGUUGCAAAAGCAGUAAGGAAUUUACAUUAUACAAAUAUACAUUUUAUGUAACUGUAUAUUAUUUUUACAAUUAACUUAAAUAUGCCUGUGUCUUACCUUCUACAAAUAGAUUAACAAAUAUGAUAAAAUAAUAUGAUGUCUUAUGCUCACAAUCACUAGAGUCAAAUUAAGCAGGCUCACAUAGCCUGAAUGAAAAUAAAGUUUUAUUUUUAAUCAGAUCUUAACUUACCUUAGAUGUUUGUAUCUACUGCUCUGUAAAUCGAACUAUACCCACACACAGGAGGUCCCUGCAGGGUCAAGCAGACUAUUAAUAGAGCAGGAGGUAAUAAAUUCUAAAAUAAGCAAACUGUGCAAUCCAGGAAGCUUAAACAUUAGAUUUUUACAGGAAGUGAUAAGGAAGUGUGUAAGUCAGAACAUAAAUAAAGCUUUCCUGAAAAUAGCCAUAUAAAUGGUUAAGUGAAAGUAUAUCAUUUUAAUAUCUGUGUUUUUUUGUUUGUUUGUUUUUACUAGGUGAGCAUGUUGGAAAUAAUUGUAGAAAUGGAAAAGGCUGGAGACUUAAGCGAAGAUAACAUGAAAUGUCUGAAAACAGUUUUUAUAAAUGGAAAGCGAAAAGACAUUGUGCAGAAAAUUGAAGAAUUUGAAAAGAAAUGUCGUGGUACGUGA